AUGGGUAUUAAGGGGCUCUGGGAUGCAGUUGCCGCGGCCGGCGUCUCCUCGCGUGUGGAGAUGCUGCGUGGCAAGAAGGUCGCCAUCGAUGCCAGCUUUUGGAUAGGCUACUGCAUCGCGUCUGAGAUGGCUGAACGCCGUGGCCAUGACGUCUACGGCGUGUUCUUUUUGCGCAUCUGCUAUUUGCUGGAGAAACGGAUCUAUCCUAUAUUCGUGUUUGAUGGCCGCACCCCCGGUGCAAAGCGUCGCACUCUGCUGUUACGCAACAUGUCUCGCGCGCAUCGCACUCGCAAUCUGAGACUACUGGCGUUUAAGGCACUAGCCGUUCAGAUGAAGCACCUUGCCAAGUCUGGCAGCGACCGUCUGUUUAAACCCGCCAGCUUCAUGAAGCGCAAGAAAGCGUUUGCGUCGAAAGAGCUGCGUACUAUAGCGGCCGAUUUGGAUGUGGUGGCUGAAUGCAAUGCCCCCGAGCCCGGCCCGGCGCUCGCCAUUGAGGACGUUGGACCUGCAUCGUCAACCAAGGAUGAUCGACUCUUCUCUUCAGAUGAUGAAUUUGAGGAUAUGCCUGCGCUCGAUGCUGCCCCGGCCGCUGAUACACCCGCUGACGGAGUUCCUCGUCGCAUCGACAUCCUCACAAUGCCACAAUCCUACAAGUCGCUUAAAAUGCGGGCGAGGUCAGGUGCCAACGUCGACUUGAGCUCAGCCUCAGCUGGCAGCGAGCUCGACAGUUCAUAUUUUGACGUCAACGCGGGACACCGCAGCCAUGGCUAUGGCCAUGGUUACGGCCGCUCUAAGCGUACGGUCGAGCUCCCUCUCGACUGCUCGAUAAACCCCGAUAGCUACGAGCAGUUACCGAGUGACGUGCGUUACCAGAUAAUGAACCAGAUAAAGGACGCGUGGAUGUACGACGACCGUGUGAAUUUGCUUCGUCACAAAUCCGCGCUGAACGAGUUUUCGAACUUGCAGGUCGAGAGUUACCUGCGUGACGUGGAGAUUAACCGUGAGAUCGAGAAGAUCAAACGAUCUCUCAUCCGCGAAACAAUGCCUAGCGGUGUUCUGAAGAGCGAAUGCGACGUGAACUUCGACCAGGUAAAGGCAGAGGCUCUGGAGGAUGAGAUCCACGACUACAAUGUUGCAGAGGGCAAGACUCGCCGCAAACGCCGCUUUUUGAACGACCUGAGUGAAAAUAUGCAACCCGACCUUUACAACUUCGCCGUAGCUGAUAAUGUUAAACAGGAACCAGUGGAAAUAGACGAUUCAUUGUUUCUGCGCGAUUCCGAGAUUUUCGGCGACCUGGUAAAGUCCGAGUCAGACGACGAGUUCGAGGUGACGGAUGAACGAUUUCCUACAAAGCCAGUCGACGACUUUGAAGUGUUGUAUGAAACACCGGCCGUGAUAUGGUCACCUAAAUCAGUUGCCGGAGCAAUUCGGGACAAGUCUGCAGAUGUAUCCGGCGGAACAACUGGCAUAAUGGAAUCCUGUGGUGUUGCCUCCGAGUCGUCUGAAACACCCUCUGCAUACCCAACAAAAGGGGGCAUAUUUCAUAAAGAUACGAAGAGGACAUCAUCUGUUGCCGAUAGAGAGGCUCGUAGGCUCGGUGACAAUGACCGUCAAGGUACCUCGAUGGGCGCUGGCGCAUCCACCCCGGAUAGCGACGAAGAACAGCAUGAUUUGUCCAGUCAUUCGUCAGAUGACAUAUCUGAGGCCUCAUCAGAUUCUGAUGCGGAUAGUGACAGAGCGUCCGAUUUUGGCGUGCACGUGUCUGAGUCGGAUGCAGAUGAAGCACUUGAAAUAAGCUCAUCUUCGGAAUCUUCUGAUAAGUCAGUAUCAAGCAGCCAUAAAAAGCCUCUUGGGUCGCCCGCAGGUGAUUAUGAGGACUGGGACGUCGAAGAUGAUGAGGAUAGUCUGUCGGAUGCCGCUGAAGGGGAGACCGUGGUAUCACCUGAUGGCGGCGACGACACAUCGCCCGCCAACGCAGGCUUAGGCUCACAGGUUGUCCCCGCCCCAACGAAACAGUCAAAUCUAGCAUCUGAAGAGCCCUCUCAGAGUGGAAUAUCGGCGGAAUCUUCGCAUGCCGCCACUGCCUAUGUUGCUACUGCAGCCAGCGAGGCUAUCGCCACCUCCGGCUCGCCUGCCAUGUACAACAAUGAAUGGCAGUAUCGCGACUUUUUACGGAUGGAAAAGCUGUUCAGCCACGCGGAGCGCAGCACAUAUCGUAUGGAUGAGUGGGAUAAAGUCCCCGAGCUGCUGGACCUGUUCGGCCUCCCAUUCCUGGUAGCUCCGUCCGAGGCUGAGGCGCAGUGUGCGCAUUUGAACAAGUUAGGUUUAUGUUUCGGGGUGAUUUCCGACGACUCCGAUACUCUGGCAUUCGGAGCCAAGCGCGUUUUCAAGAAUUUCUACAGUGGUCAGGUCUUCGAGUCGUACGCAUCAGACCGAGUGGUGCGUGAGUUGGGCCUUGGCCGAGAGCAGAUCGCCCUUUUGGCUAUAAUUUGCGGGUGCGACUACACCCCUGGAGUACGUGGAAUAGGUGUGGUGAACGCCCUCGAGGUGAUUAAGGCUUUUCCGACGUUCGAUGAGCUGUACGAGUUCCGCAGGUGGGCGACGAGCGAUGUCGACCUGGCCACGGUAACCGAUGACCCAUGCCCAGUAAAGCGCGCUUACAAGGAGUCGCACGUGAACUACCGCCUGCACUGGUCGUUCAGCAGCGAUUUCCCGAACCGUGAGGCGUACAACCUGUUCCUCUCGCCGGUGGUGUCUAGCACGUUCGAUCCGCGGUGGCGCACCCCGCGUUUCGAGGAGGUGAUGCGUUUCAUGGCACAGCAUUCGUCGCUGCCUGAGUCCGAGGUGGCUACGUGUCUGUCUAAGGUGCGCGUGAAGGACAACUUCGACGACUACAUUUUGGAGGACUUCGUACCGGAGAUCCACGCUACCUCGCGGCACGAAGGGCGUCGUAGCCUAAAAUCAAACAGAAAGAUUUUGCAGGAUCGUAUGGCCUCCUUCCGCGAGUUUCUGUCUGAACGCGAGCGCCGCAAGUCGAAGAAGGCUCGCGCCCGUCAGCGCCCGUUGCGCGCCGCUAGGAGCUCGCCCCCUCGCGUGGCCUUCAUUCGGUCGAAACGUAUGCUGGCAUCGAUCGAAUCGCUGAAGCAGCGUGCGCAGGAAGAGCGCGUGGCGUCGCCUUAG